AUCAGGCCGCCGAACAAUGGACCCGGAUUUUAAAGAACCCGACCUCGCCCCCUCUGAAACCGCCGGUUCCGGCUCCGACGAAACCGCCAUGGCCGAGUCCAUCGGCGCCGGUGCUGAGGCGACCACCUCGGGAUCAGACGCGUCGGUUGUCAUGGCCGUAUCCGAUACGCCGCCGGAUCGAUCGGGCCCGCUCGAUGAAUUGACUCACGAUCUGGAUUCACUCCACGAACUCGCCACCCGAGGCUCGUGGCAAGCCAUUCUCGACAAGGUGGCUCGAGCCAGAGCCUCUUCGCUCCUCUCCAAGCCCCACGAGCAUCUCACCUAUCUCACUUUCCAGGUUUUGGCUCUCACGAAGCUUCGUCGCUCCGCCGAUGCUGCUCAGGAGCUCGAUUCAUUGCACGAUUUCGAUGGCUCGCAUUACAGGUACGAAUCCUACCCGGAGAUUUAUCCGGAUCGGGCAGGAUCCAUGGUUCCUUUCUCUCUCCGGUGGCUUUAUGCUUUGAUUCCGACCAAGCUCGAUAAUCGCCAGGAAGGGUUAGAUCGGUUGUACAUUUUACUGGAUUUCGUUCGAGAGAGAAUCAGAGAGAAAGAAUCCAAAAACCUGGAUGCGUCUGUGGAUGUAUGGAAGAGAAGGGAAGUUUUUGUGAUGAGUUGUUUGCUAGGACUCCAUUUAGGUCACAAGGAAUUUGGUGUUUCCAUGGAAUUGAUAAAGGAACUGCUUAAUCGCAAUCCAUUGGAUCCGGUUUUGAUCUCGAAACUAGGAUACGUUCAAAUGCAGUUUGGUGACAUAGAAGGAGCGAAAUGCACGUUUGAUCGGGUCGAGAAGAUGAUGAAUGAAGGAAAGAACAAUGACUUACUCAAUGAGAUAGAGUUCAAAAACCUUGUGGGUAGGAACAAGGCUUUAAUCUAUCUGGUGGGGAAGGACUAUGUUUCGGCUGUGAGGGAGUAUGAAGAAUGCAUGGAACAAGAUAAUUCGGAUGUUGUUGCCAUCAACAACAAGGCCCUUUGUUUGAUGUAUCUGAGAGAUCUUUCAGAUGCGAUCAAGGUUCUGGAGAACGCAUUAGAGAGAGUGCCGACUGUGGCUUUGAACGAGAGCUUGGUGGUGAACUUAUGCAGUAUGUACGAGCUGGCCUAUGUUAAUCACACCGAUAUCAAGCGAACGCUGAACAAUUGGAUUGCCCGUGUCGCUCCCGAUGACUUUGAUUCAUCUUGCACCAGGGUUUGAGUGUUCAAAUGCAGAGUUUUCAGAUGAGCAAAGCUCAUUCUUUGAAGAUGGGUUCCCAUACCUGGAGGACUUCAACCUCGGGGCUCGAUAGAAAAUCGAUUUUGGUCUUCCCGGCAUGAGUAUCAACACAGGGUUUCUCGGAUUCGGCCCGGCGAUUUGUUCAGUUUUGGCCGGUGGUUUCACUGGCGAGUUGCGAGCUUCAACUCACCAGUAAUGGCCGUAGGAAACUCUUCCUUGUCUCACCCAACACUUUAGCAGCUUUGUACACUUUCUGAAAUCUUGUAUUUCAUUUUUGACCUCUUUGUUAGAAAACAAUACAUAUAAAAAGAUUUUAUUUGAAAUCA